CUGAAAACAGAUUUUCAGGUCGAUUGAUGUGGGACAGCAGCCACAAUGAGGAACUCCUACAGAUUUCUGGCAUCCUCUCUCUCAGUUGUUUUUCUCCUGCUAAUUCCUGGAGAUGUCUGUGAAAAAAUUAUUGGAGGAAAGGAAGUAACUCCUCAUUCAAGACCCUACAUGGUCCUACUUCAGCUUAACAAAAACAACAUCUGUGGCGGGGCUUUGAUUGAAAAAGACUGGGUGUUGACUGCAGCUCACUGUAACUUGAGCAAAAGGUCCCAGGUCAUUCUUGGGGCUCACUCAAUAACCAAGAAAGAGCCAGAAAAACAGAUAAUGCUUGUUAAGAAAGUGGUUUCCUAUCCAUGCUAUGAUUCAACCACACACAAAGGUGAUCUUCAACUAGUACAGCUGAUGAAAAAAGCAACAAUUAACAAAUAUGUGACUACCCUUCAUCUACCUAAAAAGGGGGAUGACGUGAAACCAGGAACCAUGUGCCAAGUUGCAGGGUGGGGGAAGAUUAAGAGUAUGUCAUCUCGGUCCGAUACUCUGAGAGAAGUCAAUAUCACCAUCAUAGACAGAAAAAUCUGCAAUGAUCCAAAGCACUAUAAUUCUAACCCUGUAAUUGGAAAAAAUAUGAUUUGUGCUGGAAGCCACCGAGGUGAGAAAGACACGUGCAAUGGAGAUUCUGGAAGCCCUUUGUUGUGCGGGGGUGUUUUCCGAGGUGUCACUUCCUUUGGCCCUGUGAAAUGUGGACACCCUCAAAGGCCUGGUGUCUAUAUUCUUCUCUCACAGAAAUAUCUCAACUGGAUAAUUGGGACUAUCAAGGGGGCAGUUUAAAUGACUGUUUCAUUUACUGUGGCUUCUUAAUCUUUUCGCAAAUAAAAUCAAUUUGCAUGACCGUA